AUGAGCUCCUACCUGGAAUACGUUUCAUGCGGGGGCGGCAGCGGAGGCGACGUGCUCAGCUUUGCGCCCAAGUUCUGCCGCGCCGACGCCCGGCCAGUGGCUCUACAGCCCGCUUUCCCUCUGGGCGGCGGCGAGGGCGCCUUCGUAAGCUGCCUGCCCCUGCCGGGCGCCGCACCUGCGGCAGCGGCGGCGGGGGCCGCGGACUACGGCUUCCUGGGGCCCGGGCCCGGGUACGACUUCCCGUGCGCGCUUGGGCGGCCAGCCGACGACGGCGGCACGCACGUCCACUACGCCGCCUCUGCCGUCUUCUCUGGCGCUGGCUCCUUUCUCCUUAGCGGCCAGGUGGAGUAUGCGGCCUUCGGCGAGCCCGGUCCCUUCCCCGCGUGUCUCAAGGAGCCAGGCGACAGUCACCCUGGGGCUUUCCAGACAGCGUCCCCGGCCCCCGGCACCUACCCCAAGUCAUCCUCUCCGGCCUCCAGCCUUCCCGCCGCCUUCAGCACCUUUGAGUGGAUGAAAGUGAAGAGAAACGCCCCCAAGAAAAGCAAACUCGCCGAGUACGGAGCUGGAGCCGCCAGUCCUUCCAGCGCCAUCCGCACGAAUUUCAGCACCAAGCAGCUGACAGAACUGGAGAAAGAGUUUCAUUUUAAUAAGUAUUUAACUCGAGCCCGACGCAUCGAGAUAGCCAAUGCCUUGCAACUUAAUGACACACAAGUCAAAAUUUGGUUCCAGAACCGCAGGAUGAAACAGAAGAAAAGGGAACGAGAAGGGCUUCUGGCCAACCCUGUGGCCUCCUUCCAACUUCCUCUCUCAGGAAUGAGUCCCACUAAGUCAGGCAAGAACCCAGAGAGCCCUUCCCAGGCCCCAGAACCUUCAUGA